AUGGUAUACAAAGCAUACUUUAUUUCUAGUCAUUUAUUGUGUGCUGCUUCAUUCUUAGGCAUUAUUGCUUUAAAUGUCGACAGAUUCUUAGCUAUUCAUCUUCAUCUCAGAUACCAGGAAUUAGUGACUGACAAGCGUGUUGUUGCUGUAGUAAUUUCAGUUUGGGUGUGGUGUUCAUGUAUUUCCUUGUUUGUGUUGAACAGGGUUUUAGAAAACGUUCUGGCCAUGAUAACUGUAACUAUUGGGGCAGUUUGUCUCACUACAACGGGAUUAAUUUACUGCAAGAUAUACUCAAUCGUACGUCACCACACAAAUCAGAUUCACGCCCUGCAAUUGCAACCCGUAGGACAGAAUCAGAAUGGAGAAUUGGCAAAUGCUGCAAGACUGAAAAAAAAACUACACUUGCUACAUUUUACGUGUACGUGGUGUUUGUGGUUUGUUUUUUGCCCUUCAUAUGCGUUAACGCAGCUUAUCAAAUUUAUGGUGAGUCCAAGUUGUGGUUGCAUCUUUUUUAUUAUUCGAGGACACUUGUGUUUCUUAAUUCAUCUCUCAAUCCUUUGGUCUACUGCUGGAAGAUGCGAAACAUUCGACAAGCUGUGAUCAGUGUACUUCGCAAUAUCUUUCAAGGUCAGUAAAGCUCCAUUCGAACCGUUUCGCCGAUGAGACUAUUAGUUACCCUUUGUGCCCCACAAAAAAAAAAAAUGGAAAUUUCAUAUUACUAACGUGAAUUUUUAUUAACUAACAGAUGAAUAAUGAAUAAUGAUUCAGAGGUAACACAUUCACGUAGCGGUUCUUCGUCAACCAUUCCUAGUCGAGUUGGAAUUUAGAAAUGAGUACUCCGCGAAAAACCUCUCGGGGCAAAGGAAAGAACAACGUCAAACUCAAACCACAUUUGGGUAACUAACAAGCUAAUAUCUUCGAGCUGACACUAAAUUAAAGUAAUAUAGAAAUAUCUAAAUAUACAUUAAAUGCAUUAUAAGAAAUGAUAAUAAAAUAAUAUUAAUAAUAAUAAGCACGUAAAAAAAAAAGAAAAGAAAAGAAAAGAAAAUAUUAUUUACAAUUCAUAAUUUUAAGUUUAAGUAUGUCAGGCAAAAAGAAUCUACAUCAUGGUAACAUCCUGUAAUUUGGUCUUAAAGUCUGCAAAAAACUGGUACGAAAAACGUCCGGCAGUGCAUUUCACUGCUUAGCUGAAAAGUAAGAAAAGGAGUUAAGACAAUAGGUAGUUGUUUUAGGUUUACUUAGUGAAAAAAUGUAGUUGCCACGAAGAUCAUAGGAAGAGGACCGUAGUGAAAACAUAUUCUUCAUAUAAGUAGGAAAAUGAGUGAAAAACAAACUCUUAUAUAACAGAAUGAGGAAAUUUUGAAUGCGUUUGUUACACAACGAAGUAGAGCUGACUUUUGAGAGAAGAGUGUUGUAUGGAGACGAGUAAUCUCCAAGUAUAAAUCUAAGUAUUCUUUUAUGGCGCGUCAUUUCAAUCAUCACCGAAAAUAAACCGCAUGCUCAUCACAAGACUCAUUUUCAUACAAAUGAAAGUUUUCAACGUACGACCAGUUUAUAGCCUCACCAUCGAAGUUUUCACUGAAGUAUGCACUUGUUCCAAAGUUAUCAAUGCUUUCAAGCGAUCCGAUAGAAUUCGUGGACCGCCCCGUUCCGGAAAAGCUCGACAACUCUGCAUCAAUCUUUCCUAAGCUUUCUUCACAAAAUAGAACAUGGUGCUGGACCACAUUAGUCUGUGGGGCACGAGGUGCUGUGACACGCAGCAAUUCUUAUCCCCAGUUUCCACGAUCUCCGCUAGUAACGCCUGGGACCAUGAUUCCCCUUUUGGCGCGCACACUAGCGAUACUAACUACCUACUGUGCCGGUCUAUGUUUUAAAAGCUUAGCUAGUAAAUUUGUUUUUAUGGGGAACAAGUUCCUUCUCUCAACUCAAAAGACUCGUCGUAAAGUCCUAGUUACUCAAAACAUGUGUGUAUGUAUCGCUUGAGUCCAGCAAACAUGUAGGACUGGUCUCAGACGUAAUAGUCCACAUUUCCUCCAAACCAUCGCUAAACUCUUUUCUAUUUGACUUUGUGUUUACGAUUCACCGCAAACCAGCUGCCAUUUCUACUUUGAUAUUGCGUCAAUAGUUUCGAAUAACUUACUUCCAUUUGACUGACGAACUUUAUCCAACCAGUAAAACUAGCCAACAAAACGAAAAAACCUGCACUAGCCACUAUAGCAAAAUGUUCAUGCUGAUGACAGUUUGAUGAAUGGUACAUGAUGAUGUUAAACUUAUCAUUUGCAAUUGAUUAAACUUUACCACAGGGUGCUGUGUCUUAAACCGCCUCACACUCUUUAGAUCGCGAGUGACUAUUUAGUUUAUCAAAAAUAUUUACAGGUCCGUUGCCUGAUAGGUUUACGACGUAAAAGUCCGUUUUUCCCUCAAGUCAUCGCUCAACUUUGUUUGUUUGACUGUAUAUUUUUGAUUCAUUGAAAACCUACCACCGAUCCUAACUUAAUAUUGCGUCAAUUACUGUAGUUUCAUUUAACUUUCUUCCUUUUUGGCUGACGAACUACAACACUUACAAAGUUCGACCUAUCGCGUUUCGCUUAAAAGAAAAAAAAAAUAUAAUUACUGUGUGAUGAUGACGCCACAUUUAAAUUUUAAAUUCCAUGUUCACACACUGGGUACAGUUUUAAUUUCAAUUACGAUCAGUUUGUAUAUUAUAAGUACGAGUUAGGGACUAUUUUACUAUUGUCGCGGAAGACUCAACAGUACUCAGUUGGAAAUCAAUUGCCUUCGGAGGUGGAAGAGAAUCUCUGGAGAAUAUUCGGUAAGUCUCGCAAAGAAUUAUUUCCAGCAUCAGUCUCUUCUGGCAGAGUUCCUCAAAAGUUCUACCCAGCUGCUAAAACUUAAGACUGUAUAAAACGUUCCAUUCAAUGGGGGAAGCUGAAGGUCAUUCUCAUUCGAAAACGGAUGAUUCCUCCAAAGCAAUGAAGUUCCUCUCACAGAUUUUACUGAAACUUAACGGACAUCGAUCGUAGCACUUAUUGGAGGAAAAACAGGAGGAAAAAGCCCCCGUAAACGAUUUUGGAAGAAACGUUCCUAGUGCUGAGAAAUACAGCUGCAAGUAAAGUAGCUAAUGGCGUCAUUUUGUUGCUAUGACAACUCCGAUGUCAUUGUAAUCCUGAUCAUAACAAAUUUUUAACUUUCAACACUUACAAAGCUCGGCCAUUCGCGUUUCGUUUAAAAUGAAAAUGAAUCCAGAUUUUGGUGUAGUGAUGUUGUCAUUUUCAAAUUCUUUUUAUUUCAACUAAGUGGAUAUUUCGGAUGUUAUGAGCAUGGGAUACUGGGAACUUCUUGCGAUUGUAAACUUUAUUGACUCACUAAUUUCAGUCUCAUCCAUAAAAGAAAACACUCGCAGAGCUCUUCAAAAGUUAUACAGCUACAGACUGUGGCGUACCUGUACACGUAGGCAGGCAACAUACGUUGGCUGGUACCGUCGGAGUCGCGCUAUUCCGUUCACCAAAAAUAUUUCUUAAUGACUGUGUGUCAGGAAUGGUGUAUUUAACUAUUAAAAGGACAAAAAACAUUGUAGUUAAUUUUUUUUGUGACUUCUGAGCAACGGAGGAGACGAUUUUUAAACAAACACAGCUCUUAAAGGUCACUCAAGUCAAGUCAACUUUAUUCAGGCAGGGCAGCCCUAUCAGCCAUUGGCCGGUAUCAAAAAGGGGCCCCCCUACAGUCGUCGUGGAGGACUAUAUCGGGUUUUUAUUGUCGGCGGGUCUAAGCUUUUUGCCAUAGAUUUUUGCAAAAAAUACUACAUAAUAAAUGAAUAAAUAAAUAAAUAAAUAAAUAAAUAACAAAAAACCUCGCCCAAAAUAAAAAAAAUGAAAUAGAAGAAUCUAUGUUUCCGCGACUCCUAAAAACACCUGUUUGGGCUCAAUAAAUUUUGAUUGGACUUGAUGUCAAUAUAUUUGCAUAAUGAUGCCUUUAAUUAGUUUCUUUGUCCCAGUUAGUUUGCAACAGUUCUUGUCAGCCACUUUUUAGCCAGAAUACUUAAUAGGUUCUUUCUAUUCUUUAUAUCAUUAUCACUUUUUUCUGGCAUUUAUCAUAUCCUCAAAAACAAAACUCCAAUUGCGUCAUUAUGCCUUACCUUAACUGAGCUUAUUAAUUGUUAAGCUCGAUCUAUCAUUCUUAUCAAAAGAAAAUUUUAUUCAAAAUUGAAUGUUUUAUUAUGUGGCUACAUUAACUUGUUUGAAAUUUUUUGUUAAGGGAAUUCGUGGUGUUCAAACGUCUUGAUAUUUAGCACUGUCUAGUUAGUGGACAAUUUCAAGAUUACCAAAGUACGGAAGAGGACAAGCUAGGUCGCUCAGCCAUGCGAUAAUUUAAGGAAGAAUGUAAACCACAUUCUGAACUAUUGGAGACCGAUCAGGUAACUUACCAAAGGCAAGAGCGUCUGCCUGUCAAAAGACGUCAACAGUUCUUUAAAGGAACAGUCUAUAUAAUGACAGAAGAAGCUAAAGACGCGUUUUCAACAUCCUACAGAAUGGCAGAAACUGGAGGCUUUUAUUCAACGCUCGUCGCCAACUGCUUCUUCAACGCGUUCUUGCUUUUCACAGCCUUGGUUUUAAACAUCAUAACGAUACAAGCCCUAAGAAAAAUUUCAUCGUUUCCAAAGCCUUUAAAAACAUUACUCCUAAGUGUCGCUAUUUCUGAUCUUGGUGUUGGUUUGCUUGUCCAGCCUCUCUAUAUUGCAGGUGUUAUAAUGACAAUAGAUCAGAGCACUAACAAAAGACUCCAUUAUGCGUUAUACACAGCGCAGCGCCUUUUUGGCUAUUUACUGGGUACUGCUUCAUUCUUGGGCAUCAUUGCUUUAACUGUCGACAGAUUCUUAGCUAUUCAUCUUCAUCUCAGAUACAAGGAAUUUGUGACUCACUAG